AUGGCGACGACGGCAGGAUACAAACCCCUCCACGACGACGACACAUCCCUGAGACCACCCAUCAUAGCCGGCAUAAUCUCAACCUGGAUCGCCACCUUCCUCGCAGCCGCAGACAGCACCAUCACAUCCACCCUUUCCGCCACGAUCGCAAACGAGUUCCACUCCGUCAGCAUCAUAUCAUGGCUCGGCUCCGGAUACCUAAUCGGCCUCACGGCUACACAACCACUCAGCGGCAAAUUGAGCGAUAUCUUCGGCCGGCGGGCUAGUUUCUGCUGCUCGUGUUGUAUGUUUACGAUUGGGAAUCUUGUUUGCGGGCUUUCCGGAUCGAAGAUCGUGCUCAUUGCUGCGCGCGUUGUUACUGGUAUCGGUGGUGGGGGAUGUAUCUCGAUUGCUACGUUUAUCGCAUCGGAUAAUAUUCCGCUUAAACGACGUGGGAUAUGGCAGGGGACGGGGGCUGUGGUGUAUACGGCGGGGAUGGGACUUGGGGCUGUUAUUGGGGGUGCUGUUAAUGAUGUGGUUGGUUGGAGAUGGGCGUUUAUUGGGAUUGCGCCUGUCUCGCUGAUUUCUGGGAUUGGAGUUGCCAUGUUUGUACCGGGGUAUACCGAUGAUACACGGAGUUGGCGGGAGCUCUUGGGUCGUGUUGACUUUGCUGGUGCUGGGACGUUGGUGUCGUCCUUGGUAUUACUUCUUAUCGGACUCAACCAUGACGGACCCGAGCUUGUGACUGGCUUGUUUGCGAUUACUGUUCCGCUUGGGAUAGCGCUCUUGGCAGGCUUCGUCUGGAUUGAAUGGCAGUGGGCUAGGGAGCCGAUCAUUCCACUGUCUCUCUUCCGCCGACGGACGGUGGUGGCCGCAUGCCUGACUGCUUGGUUCAUGUCGAUGGCAUUCUAUGCACUCACCUUUUAUGUCCCAUUAUACAUGAAACUGCUGGGCCAUUCCACCAGUGAAAUUGGGCUUCGCCUUCUGCCCGACUCCAUUGGCGCUGGACUUGGGUCUUUCCUCGUCGGGCUAGUCAUCCGAGUCACAGGUAGAUACGGAAUUUUCCGUUAUACCAUGACUCUGCUGCUGCUGCUGGCAUCGCUAGGCUUUGCCGUUACCUCAGUUCACACCCCAUGGAUUCUUCCUGAGGUAUAUCUCCUGUGCAAAGGCUUCGGCAUGGGCGGAGCUUUGACGAUGUUGAUAUUGGCUCUGCUGCAUUCGGUACCACAUGAGAGACAUGCUACUGCCACAUCUGCAUUGUAUGCCUUUCGGUCGACUGGGGCGACCGUGGGACUUUCGGUUGCCAGUGUGAUGUUCAAGCACCGGAUGAAUCAGAGCAUGCUAGACACGGGGUCUAGCUGCUUGGAGGGGAUCAGUGUUAUCUGGAUGCUCUACAUGGAGCUUUCCAAUUGGCGUUAG